AUGUUAUCUGCCUUCACAGCUCGGCCCCUCGUCGAGCUCAAGCCCCGGGACAAAUCGAGGAUCGAAUCCGUGCUCGCGUACGGGGAUCGGCUCCUCGCCGGUCUGAACAACGGCAGUCUACGCAUCUAUCGUGUCAAUGAAGUCUCCCACGAUCCAAAUGACGCUCCUCCCGACUCCAAUAACCACCACGCGGCCGAAGGCGAGAAUGGAGGAACACUCCGGAACGGGGACCGGGACCACGGGACUCCCGCGACGGCCAACGCAAAGCCCAAGCAGACCGACCUCCUCCGCGAGCUGGAGAAGUUCUCGCGCUACAAGAUCGAGCAGCUCGCCCUGAUCAAAGAGGCGAAGCUGCUGGUCUCGCUGUCGGGCGGCUACGUCUCCAUCCACGACCUACAGACCUACGAGCUGCAGGAGCAGCUGACGCGAACGAAAGGCGCGACGGCCUUUGCGGUGACCUCGAACAUCGUCAGCGACCCCGAGACCGGCGUCCCGUCGAUUGUGUCCCGCCUGGCCGUUGCGGUCAAGCGGAAGAUUCUCCUCUGGUCAUGGCGCGACAUGGAGCUGGAGAACGAUACGGCGGAAAUGAGCCUGGUCAGCGGCAUCAAGGCCCUGACGUGGGUUUCUGGGACAAAACUAGUGGUCGGACUCGGCUCGAACUUCGUGAUGGUGGAUAUUGAGAACAGCGCGGUGACGGAGCUGUCCGGACCGGGCAGCAUUGGCGGUCUUGGAGGCCCCGAGACGGGUCGACUGACCGGCGUCGGGGUCGCUAGCAUGAGCUAUAUCGGGAUUGGAGGAGCGGCACCGAAACCGUUGGCGACUCGGCUCAGCGAGGGACAGGUGCUGUUGGCGAAGGAUAUUAACACGCAGUUUAUCGACCUCGACGGCCGCCCUCUUGGACGAAGACAGAUCCCUUGGAGUCAUGCUCCGGCGGAUAUCGGAUACACUUACCCUUUCCUGCUCGCGCUGCACGACUCAUCAAAGGGUGUGUUGGAGGUGAGGAACCCAGAGACUCUGUCGCUACUCCAGUCGAUACCAUUGCCGUCGGCGAAUAUCUUGCAUAUUCCGCAGCCUACAAUAAGCCUGGCGCACGCUGGGAAGGGCUUCCUGGUGGCCAGUGACCGUGUGAUCUGGCGGAUGGAAGCUCUGAGCUACGACACGCAGAUCGACUCCCUUGUGGAAAAGGGAUAUCUCGAUGAAGCGAUCAGCUUGGCGGGUAUGCUGGAAGAUGCCCUUCUUAGGGACAAGCAAGGCCGGCUGCGUGAUAUCAAGCUCGAAAAGGCACAGGGGCUGUUUAGCCAGCGCAAGUAUCAAGAUUCCAUGGACUUAUUCACGGAGGUUUCGGCACCGCCAGAGAUGGUUAUUCAGCUAUACCCGAAGACUAUCGCCGGCGACCUCUCAUCUAUCCACGAGGAAGAAGAAUCGGAAGACAGCAGCAGCGAUAAUCAGUCAAAAGCGCAAGACAGCCACACUCAGUUGGAUGGUGCAAACUCGGAGGAGCAUGCUGCAUCGAAGUACGCCCCUUCUGUCAGGUCUUUUCUGCGAACAAAGACCGACGAUAUGAGUGAUGCGGGUAGCGUUCGCGGGAAGCGCACUGAAGACGGCCAUUGUGACAAACCGCUCCAUGGCAAAGACCUUAUUCAGGCCACCCACGAACUGCAGCGGUAUCUCGCGGAUGUUCGGCGGAGAUUCCAGCGCUUCUUGAACCCUGACGGGUCUCUCAAGGUGAUUGACCCGGUGAAUAACGCGCCGAACGACGAGUUCACGGACUCGGUCAUGAAACUGCUAGAUGUCACGAAAGAGGGUGGCGACUAUGACUUUGGCGAGAGAUUACGGGAGAAGGCAAGACUCGUCGAUACGACCCUGUUCCGAGCGUAUAUGUAUGCAAAGCCGUUCCUUGCUGGCUCUCUAUUCCGGAUCGCCAAUUUCUGCGACCCAGAUGUGGUGAUGGAAUGGUUGGAGAAGGCCGGCCGCCACAACGACCUGAUUGAUUUUCUAUACGGGAAGAAACUGCAUCGCCAGGCCUUGGAGCUUCUCAGGAGAUUUGGCCAGGCCGAGUCAGAGGAAGAGAACGGCUCACAGCUCCGUGGCCCGAAACGGACGGUUGGCUACCUGCAGAGCCUGCCGCCGGAUAAUAUCGAUCUGAUUCUUGAGUUUGCGGAAUGGCCCGUCCGCGAGGAUCCAGAACUGGGCAUGGAGAUCUUCCUAGCGGACACUGAAAACGCGGAGACCCUGCCGAGACAACCCGUUUUGGGCUUCCUGCAGAAGAUCGACGCAAACCUGGCCGUUCGCUAUCUGGAGCAUGUUAUCGGGGAGUUGAAUGAUAUGACUCCGGAUCUCCACCAGAAGCUGCUCACCCUCUACUUGGAACAUCUGAAGAAAGACAAGACCAAGGAAUGGGAAUUCUCCAGUGACGAAGAACGAGUUGAAUGGCGAGAAAAAUUCCUUGAGAUGCUCAAGUCGAGCUCACAGUAUUCGCCGGCAAAGCUGCUUGACCAGCUCGAUCGGGAUGACUCGGAAUUUUUCGAGGCCAGAGCCAUCGUCUUUAGUAAGAUGGGACAGCAUCGGCAGGCGCUGGAGAUCUACGUUUUCAAGCUGGAGGAUUAUGCAAAGGCCGAAGAGUACUGUAACUACGUUCACAAGACUGAGGAUGCGGCCACCAUCGAGGCGAUGGCAUCGCACUGUACAGCGACUUUGAAUUACGAGGAUAAGCCAACCAUCUAUUUGACACUGCUAUCUCUCUAUUUGACGCCACCGCAUGGGUAUAAACCACAGUAUGGGCCGGCGAUCGAGGUACUGGCAAAGCACGGUUCCCGUCUGCCUCCCAACUCGGCCCUGGACUUGAUCCCCGAAUCGCUUCCGGUGAAAGAGCUCGAGUUUUACUUCAAAGGCCGUAUGCGGGCGGCCAAUUCGAUCCUCAACGAGACGCGGAUCGUGGCGAACCUGCAGAAUGCGGAAAAUAUCAAAACACGAGCGCAGCUCUUGGUGGGCGAGGGCAUCGAUAGCCGAUCAUCGCGAUCGCGCCAUGUCACCAUCACCGAGGAGAGGGUCUGUGGCAUUUGUCAUAAACGGAUCGGAGGCAGUGUGAUCAAUGUGUUUCCAGACAAUACGGUGGUCCAUCUUGGCUGUGCCAGUCGCGUUCCCGCGGGUAUAUGA